UUUAGGUCAAGGCGGUUUGGGUGAUAAAAAGUAUUUUAAAAAAACUGCUCUAAACUGGAGCAAAUACAGUCGUAUACACUUGUAAAUGUACUAUGGUAAGGUUCAAAAACACUAUUAGAGUAAAUUACAAUACAUUAUUUUGUUUCCAUGUAGGUUGAGGUACAUUUCUUCACUUUUGCUUUUGCCAAUGAUGAUAACUUGGAAGCUUUUUAUUUCAGUCUGUGUAGUGAAAGUCUCGCCAACCCCUCGGUGUCUUGAACCAGCCUCUUUACAGCCAGAUAAGUUAUUACUUGUUCCCCCGAAAUCUCUCUCCCCACCCCCAUUGCCAAUACUUCACUUCCCAUUUUUUUCCACAGAAAACCCUGAAAUCCAAAGUCGGUGGGUUCACUGAAGCUAUGGACGUGUGUUGAUAUUUCUUCAUUUGUUCGCUUUAAGUAUAUUAUUUAAGGACUCUUUUAUGCAUCUGCUUCACAAUGCGGCCGCCGCGCAAGCAGGAGUUCGGGAUUAAGCACGCGAGCGGAUCACUGAUUCACUACAGACCGCCGGUGAGCACGAGCUCCCAUCGUCGACACUCUGCCGUCGUGCCGUCGGUGCUGACGUUCGCCGUUAUCGUGGCAUCCGGAGGCCUGUUGCUCAUGAUAGAGAAGGGAAUGCUGAACAGCGUUGAGACUCCGUCGCCGCGGGCCAACGGCAAAAGAGUGGACUACAGAUCCAGACAUAACAACCCGGCUGUGGACGUGGAGUCGCAGAUUUUACAGGAGAUCCGCAACCGUACCAUCAAAUCAAUGUGUGGUCAGAGGAACACAGCACACAGUGUGUGGUCACUCAGUCCUCUUCAGAGGAAGAUUCUCCUCCAGCACAUACUGGUGAACGACGAGCACCGUUUCCUGUACUGCUAUGUACCCAAAGUGGCCUGUUCAAACUGGAAGCGCGUGCUUAAAGUACUGAGCGGCGCUCUGGCCAACGUGGACGUCAAGGUGAAGAUGGACCAUCGUGCCGAUUUGCUUUUCCUGUCGGACUUUUCACCGGACCAAAUACGUCAUCGACUGCUGCAUUAUUUUAAAUUCACGUUCGUACGAGAGCCCAUGGCCCGCUUGCUUUCUGCCUACCGUAACAAGUUUGGCGAAAUCGAGGCUUACCAACGUAAAUACGGCGCGGAGAUCGUCCGACGAUACAGGAAAGGCUACGCAAAAUCUAAAAAAAUUGCAGGGAAUGAUGUGACGCUUACGGAAUUUGUACGUUAUUUGAUAGACGAAGAUCCGGAGCGCAUGAAUGAACACUGGAUGCCCAUCUACAACCUGUGUCAGCCUUGCGCUAUACAAUAUGAUUUCAUUGGCUCGUACGAGAGGCUGGAGAGCGAUGCGGCGUAUGUGUUGGAGCGUGUCGGGGCACCACAACAUGUACGUUUUCCUGAGAGGCAAACGUGGUAUAGACCUGUUACUAAAGAAACACUGCAUUAUUACCUAUGCACUGUGCCUCAAAAGUUUUUAAAAGAGCUCCUGCCAAAGUAUAUAUUAGACUUCAGUCUGUUCGGCUAUCCAUUGCCCAACACAACCAGCGAAUACUGUAGGCAUUAACAAAGACAUUGAUUUGUCUAUAAGACUGUAAUCUUGUAUUGUCAAUAUUUUAAAUGAAUAUAAGCUUCGGUACAGUGUAUUGGGAGCUCAAACCACUAUUUAAAACUGGAAUCAUUUGUACAUUUUUUGUUCAUACAAUGAUGUGGUAUAUUCAAACAAGUGGGGCAUAGAAACAUUGUGCUGUGCGCAAGACUAUCAUGAGAUUUUAUGUCAAUAAGCACAAUUUCACUUAUCAAUGCAAUAUAUAGGGAAUGUUAAUGUACGUCACCGCAGUGUUGCAUUAUGGGACGUGGGCGCCAUGUUUAGAUGCACCGCCGACCGCUAUGCAAUUUAAAUGUGGGCAUGUUAAGCUAAAACUAGGUAAAAUUGAAGAAGAACGGAAGAAAUCGAGAAGUUGAAAGAAAAAGAGAAGGGACCCUAUCGGGAGAAAGUAAAUGCUACUGCCAAAAAACUUUAUUUGGACAAAUAAACAACAUAGAUCCAUAUGAUUUAGCAGCCCAAGACUGGAUUACGGACCUCCGCUUACAUAUCUGGUCAAUUGCCUUGUUUUUGCUGGACUUUAUUUACACUUUGCAGGAGUUUAAGAGCUAUAAAUCCCUUCAAGCUUAUAGUAAGGUGACACUUCUUCUUUUGGAGUCGGUUGGCAACCCAGCUAUUUACUGACAAUGUGUUAAUACCUACGUAUCUUAAUGAUUCUAUAAAAUAAUUUCUCCGUUGUAUUCUGUGCGAUGAAUCAACACAUGUUCAAAAGAUGGCACUUCUGUUUUGGCCAAGUUAUUAAAACAAACAAAAUGCUAAAUAUUUAGCUAUCGUUGUUAUUAAAAGUCACAAGCAGUGGCAUUUAAUAAAAAA